CCCGCCUCCCCGCCGCUCACGUGAUCCCGCCGCCCCGGGGGCCUCCUCCCGGACCCGGUGCCGGACCUCCGGGGCUAGGCGCCCCCCCCUCCCCCGCCGGUGGCGCUCGCCACGGUGCUUCUCCCCAAGUAAGCGCUGAACAGCUGCCAUUUUUAAUAUUAUUAUUUAUCAUUCUAGGAGAACGGCCCCGCCGCCGCGGGUUCCGGCCUAGCGCUUCCGCCUCGCCUUAGCCCUCGUUGCACCGCACCUGGCCCGACCUCGUUUUCCCGCCCCGCCGCGCCAUGGCCCGGGCCCGGCAGGACACGGUGGUGCCCGGCGAGGCGGAGGAGACCGACGACGACGACGACGAGGAGGAGCUGUACCUGAGCUCCGUGGGCGCCGGAGCCCCGGCCGGCCUGCAGGUCCCCGGGGAGGCGGAGGAGACGGAUUCGGAGGGCGAGGCCCGGGAGGCCCUGCCGGCCCGCUGCCACCUGCCGCCCCUCGUCGUGCUAAGGGAGGCCGUGGCCGAGGAAGAGGGCCCGGUGGCGGCCUUCCAGUCGCCCGCCGGCCGCUGCCCGUCGCUGCUGCAGCAGAAGUUGCUGGAGAGCAACGACCGGUUGGGCCACGACGUGCGGGCCGCGCUAAGCCGCCUCUACCGCACCGCCAGCCACGACAUCGGGGGGCUCAGCGCCCAGCUGGGCAGCGCCCAGGGGGCCGUCCUCGGGGCGGCCCACAGCAUCCGCCUGGCCCGCGGCGACCUUCGCGCCGUGGCCGAGCAGAUCGACAUCAUCACCAGCUGCGGCCUCCUGCCGGACAUCCGCCUGCCGCCCCACCCCGACGCCCCGGACCCCCCCUAACCUCCCCAAGGACCCCGACCUCCACCUGCCUGGGACGGGGUUGUCGGGGACCCCGGCCCGACCCCGCUCCGGUACGGUCGGUGGGCUGGGGGCCGCCCCGCGCCUCUCCCCUCCAGGCCGUGUCCCCGGCGGACCCUGGUGGGUGGAUCUGUUGGGGGAUGCGGGCGGGGAGGGGGCGUCGGGGAGGGUUCAGGGGGGCGCCCCCGGCCCGGCGGGUUCCAGUGGGGAUCCGGGGGCUUCGGCCGGGUGGAUCGAUCGGUGAGCCCGGCCUGGGUCGACCCUCACCGGGCCCCGUGACUGGACACCGGAAGGCAAUAAGGGGACAUCUCGGGCCGUCCCCUUCUCCAGCGGGGCUGGCCAGGAGGGUGUAGGGAUUGUGGGGAGGGGCGGGGGGCUCAUGCCCUGGCUGCCCUUUUCCUCCGUAUCCCAUCGCUUCCCAGUCAGUUCGCCCUUGGAAACGAGGACCCCUCAGCCCUACUCUGCUCUCGUGAGGGUCGGGACCCCGGGUGAAGGGUGUAGCCGGGACGGGCCCCGGUGACUGCGGCGGGAUCAGGCCGAUUCCCGGUCCCCAGCGUCCCCUGCCGCAACCCAGUGCCUUCGAGAGGGCCGGGCCCUGCCCUUCUCAUGGAGACCCUGGGGUCGUCUCUCCCCACAGUACCAGCUCGCCAUUCCGGGACCCAUGGAGCUCUGGACUCUGUCCCCACCCUGGGGGUGCUGCCAGGCUGGGGGGAGGCAGUGACCUAAGCCCGUGGUUGUGGGGUGAGUGGAGGGCGAGGUCGGGGAAGGCGGGCUUGAGGGUGCGGCGCAGCCGGGAAACGAGGCCAGGCUGUAAAGACGUCCCGGAGGAGGUGUCCUUGGAGGACAGGCUGGGCGUGGUGGGGUCCCGCGCCCUCUUCUCUCUUUCUUGAGCCGCCAGCACCCUUGAGGAGAGGACUCAGUUCCAUGCGUCAUUGUGGGGGACCCUGAAAUCGGUUACGGAGGCCGUGGAAUAGAGAAUGCUUACGUUAAUGAGACGGCGCUGCGCUUGCCAAUAGGAUAUUUGUGUUAACGAG